AUGUUAUACCAGCAAAGAUUCGAUGACUUUAAUGAGUUUGAAGUCUUGAGCAAUCGCCUUAAACUAGAAACUAAGAGGCAUGGUCCAGGAGACCCUUCCAGUCCGAAUCCUGCCUCAUUUUCCACAGCGAAAAUCCAGCAAAAGUUGUUUACGAGAAACUCAGAAGAGGAUGAAGAGCCUGUAGCAGAUGAAGGAGAAGAACACCCUCUUCCGAAUGUGAUGGAAAAUGCAUACUAUUUUGAUAAUGCAGGAGUAGGUAUCGGGAAAAACGAGACUGUUCUAUUAAACAUGGCUAUCAAGUCUCUAGUGAAUACCCAAGCUGUUCAAACUGCGCGAUUUUGGGGGAAAAUUCAUGGAUUGAUUCAAAAUUACUACAUUGUCGAAGUAGAGUUUCCUGAGGGGGAAGAUAUAGACGAAGAGGAGAGUCCAGAAUCAUUUAAUCGUGAUGCAACUGAAAUAGAUGAUGAAGAAGGAGCUGAAGAAGGCAAAGAUGUCCUACCAAAGUCCAAAUGGAAGCCACCAGUCAAAGUGCCGAGAGAGGAAAAUCAUAUUGGAACUAAUAAGAAAGUUUAUUUCGUAUGUCAUGAACCAGGCCUACAAUGGAUAAAACUUCCACCGGUAACACCUGAACAAAUAGUAGCUGCUCGAGCUGUUCAUCGUCUUUUUACUGGGAUAUUGGAUUCUCCGGUUUCGUGUUAUCCACCUUAUCCUGGUAAUGAAGCUAAUUACUUACGGGCUCAGAUAGCACGAAUUAGUGCAUCCACCCAAAUAUCUCCACAAGGUUAUUAUACUUUUGGAAGUAAAGAAGAGGAAGAAGAAGAACUUGAAAAUGAAGAAGAAGGUGAACGACAGAAUUAUGUAAAAAAUGAAGAAUACGAACCAUUAAGUAUCAAUGAAUUAGCUGAUCCGAGUCUUAUACACUGGGUACAUCAUACAUCCUAUAUUCUACCACAGGGAAGAGUUUAUUGGUGGAAUCCAAAAAAGGGUUUGGGCGAUUAUUUUGAUGAAAUUAACGAUGAGGAUGAAGCAGAGGAAAAUGAAGAUAGUCAAAUGAAGAAUGUCAUACAACCAGAACAUGGACCACCUAUACUUACACCGAUUUCAUCUGAUUUACCAAUAUUUGGACAAAAACCAUGGUCAAUCAGAAUAAGCUCUAAGCUGUUACCAGAAUAUGCAUCUGUUGUUGUUUCUUCUAAUAUCUGGGUGGGGGCACAUGCAGUAUCAUGGGGGAGGCGAUUUGAAAAUAUUUAUGUUGGAUGGGGCUUGAAAUCAGUUACUUCAGGUUUUCAACCUCAGGUACAACCGAUUGAAAUGGAUGAAUAUCAAGAAGUUUCUGAUUUCAAUGAGGCAAUCGACCCAACUCCUCAAGAAGAGGCUGCAUUAAGAGCUCUACUCAAUCCGCCUGAAGAGGAAGAUGAAGAUUUAGCUAAAGAGGAACAAGAAGAAGAAGAAGAAGGUGAUGAUUAA